AUGCCUGCGCAACAGCCCUCGCCGACGUACAUCCACUCGCUGACAACAGCGUUCGCGUCGACGCUAGAUGAAAUCCCACAAGAUAUGUGCAGACACUUUGCCGAUUUACGAGAGCUCGAUGCCGUACUCAGCCAGAGUCUGAGCAGUAUCACGACUCGGAUCGAGCACCUCACGGAGCGAAUCGAAAGUGGGUUGGUGUCGCUGUCCACGCAAGACGAAGCCACGACAACCGCGACAACCGAACCCGUCGAAAAUACAGAUUCUGGACCCACCGCACGGACUGCCAAAGAAGAAGAGGUCAUCAGCAUGUUCCAAAUGCUCCACGAGAUUGCGGAUGAGACGUCCCGAAUCAAACUUGGGGGCGAGGAUAAAAUCCGAGUGGCUAGUUUGGCAGCCGAGCACAUGAAUGCAUACUAUGUCCAUCUUCUGGCCGUUACUCGACGCAUGUGCGAAAUUGAUGAUGCAUACGCACCAGAGAUUCUACAACCGUACACUGUGUACCCCCACGUCCCCCCAUCAGCGCUGGUGGACCCCGCACCCGAGAACAGGCGAGGACAGCCAAGAAGGAAUGCCGCAGUUCAGAACGCAAGAAAUGAUAGCACCAGCAGGAUGAAUGGUGGCGACACUCCGAACAAGCGUCGUCGGAUUCAAGGAACUCACAACUAUAAUCAAACUCGUGACGUCGAUACAGAUGAUUACUCGACUCCUAGGCGCGGGCCCGCCGCCUUGGAUGCAGACGCCUACCGUCCGGGGGGAAAUACCGCCAGCAAAGCAAGAACUCAGAACAGAAAGCCCCGCGAGACACGCGUCAUCCCACAGGCUCCAAUGGACAAUAUCAUGGUCACAGAUCCUAUGGAUAUCCCACGUCCGGGAUCCGGCAUGCCAGGAGGUGCCGCAAUGCAAGGAGUAGAACCCACGGGCAAUAUGCAUAACCAAGGUCCCGUGUCAACACACAAAUCCCAUGGUCAGAGUGGACGCGGUCGUUCUGGAGUCGGCUCUCAGCAAUCUAAUGCCAAUCCACAAACACAGCCGUAUCCCAUGACAUACGGUUAUGGAUCAAACAGGAACGUUCGAAUGCCUUAUGAAGGUCAGCCUGGUGCACCGUACGAUCCGAUGGGACCAGGCAUGUACCCUCCCAAUACGAACCCGAUGGUGGACGUCUACAACCAUCACGGAGUGAUGAACAUGAACCCAAAUCUCAACCACAUACCUCCUUCCAACUACUCACAUAUGAAUCUCCCUUUGUCAGCCACUCUCCCUCCCCCGCCUUCUGGUCGGACGUCGUCAGCAAGUACUGGGGCGCGAGCCGCCUACGAACCAUCCAACCCCGGAGUAAGCUCUGUCCCUAGACAUUCUGUGCAGAAUGGAGGUUUGGACCCUUUGGCUGGAGCCAACCCGUAUCACCCUUCAUCAACCAAGAGCUCUCACAGAGUUCAAGAGGUAUCAAAUAAAGAAAGGGAGAUUCCUCCUUCUGUACCUCCUGUCAGCGGUGGUCUGAUGCCAGUGCCAAUGCUCACAUCCUUACCUCCGGUCACAGCCUUGAAUCAAUCGACGGCCUUGAGCAUGCCUCCAGCCCCAUCUACAGCAGUCGAGACCGGGCAGUCGCGUCCUAGAGGAUAUAGCCACUCGGCCUAUAACAGCGGCUAUGGACCAAGCGAGGGUCCAAAUGGAGGGUCUGGCUACUCUUCGCAUGCUCAGCAAGGCUACCAAUCCAAGUCUAACCCACAUCCAUCUAGUCAUCCCUCUGCAAACUUUACAACAACGGGAGGUGUUUCUGCCCCUGAAAGGCGGGCAGCUGGCAUGAUGGAGACACAUCCGUCCCUUUCAUCUUCCUCUGGUCCGUCAAAAGAUCUUCCGCCUCUGAACACUCAUAUUCGAGACUAUGCUACGGGUGGUUCCUCUGCCGGUGGCGGGUCUGCUAGCACCAUGCACGCGUCUCUCGCACGUGAUCCGCCUUUCCGCACCGGUUCCGCUGGAUCUGCUGAGCGUCUUGAACGCGAGCCAAAGAGCGCAAGCAUCCCGAAUCGGCCCAGAAGUGGGACAGUCGGGGCAGAGAGCAACAAAUAUCCGGGCGGUGAGCGCGUCGCAGGACGACAGGUAGUCAGCCCUACGUAUCCUGUUGAGCAUGGAGAUAGCGAUCGUGAUCAGCCACCUGGCAGUAGUGCUCGCUACUCAGGUCCUCGUUAUGAUGGUUGGACUGGUGGAAAGGAGGUGCCACCAAUGCAUGCAGCAGCUCAGUCCCAAAGUGGGAGAUUUGUUUAUGGCGGAAAGGAAGAGCCUAUUGAACGAUUUGAAGAUCGGGAUCGUCCGUUGGGGAGCGCAGGAGCAGUCAAGCGACCCAAUAUAGAUCAUCUACUCGAUUCGGCGGAUAAUCGACCUCCAGAGCGCCAUGAUUUCAGUAGAUCAAGCAGUGGAGGCAAGCCUGCCGAUGGAGGCCCAAUCGACGGCUCGGAAGAGAGGCCAAUCAAGGCUCCAGUACGGAGGAAGCCUGUCGACGAGGACGGGAAUCGACAAUUUGGCGAAAUGGCGUCAUCAGAUCCACGGGACCAAGACGACGAUAGGCUCUACUGCAUCUGCAACCGACCGAGCUUUGGCGAAAUGAUUGCGUGCGACGACUCUGAGUGUGAAUACGAAUGGUUCCAUCUGCAAUGUCUCGACAUGAAUGGCGCACCACCUCCAGGCGACUUUGUAUGUCGCUGGUGCAAGACCAAGCGGGCUAAAGGGAACAAGAAGCCGUCGAAGAAAAAAGGGACUACUGGGAAUGGCAAAGGCCGUAAUCUUUAA